AUGGGAGAGCAUGGACCAGAAGGAGAGCAGAGGAACGAGCGAGAGCAAAGGACCAGAGGAGAGCAAGGGACCGCGAGAGAAGCAGAGACAUGGGAGAGCAGGGACCAGAGGAGCGCAGAGGACGAGAGAGAGAGCAAGGACCACGGAGAGUAUGGGACCAAGGAGAGCAGAGACCGGAGAGAGAGAGCAGAGGACCAUUGGAGAGCAUGGGACCAAGGAGAAGUCAGAGGAUCGCGAGAGAGAAUGGGACCAGAGGAGAGCCAAGGAUCGAGAGAGAGCAAUGAGACCAGAGGAGAGCAGAGGAUCGAGAGAGAGCAUAAGACCAGAGGAGAGCAGAGGAUCGAGAGAAGUCAGGGACCAGAGGAAGCAGAGAUCGAGAGAGAUCAUGAACCAAGGAGGAGCAGAGGAUACGAGAGAGAGCAGAGGACCAGAGGAAGCAGAGGAUCAGAAGAGCAUGAACCAGAGGAGAGCAGAAAAUGA